AUGGCGAUGGCUUCUCCCUCUUCCUUUUUGGCUUCCAUCUUGCUAGGUUCUCUCUUCAUUUCUCCUUCAUUUUCAAGGCCAAUUAUUACUGUCGUUGAUACAGCUAAGCAUAGUAUCGUCAACCAAGUUUGUUCAAAAGCUAAGAACCCUUCCAUGUGUUUACAGAUUCUACCACAUGAUGGAAACCUUCAAGCAGUUGCCAAGAGUGUUGUUAGUUCAGGGCAUGAGUAUGCAGAAGACACAAUUGUGAAUGUCAUGGAUGCAGCCAUGGGUUCUACUGAACCCCAAUUGAAGAAAAAGUACUCUUCUUGUCUUACAAACAUGAAGACUGCAGAUGCAGCUCUUGCAAAGGCUAUAAAAGAAGUGGGUUCAGGUGAUUUCUCUGGUUUGGGUUUGGGUAGGGCAGCAGCAACUGCAAAGGCUGAAACACACAAGUGUAUAAGUCUCUUCCAAAGCCAGCCAGCUGAUCCAUUUUAUAUCUUGCAGGGGAUAAACAACUUUGGGGAUGUAUAUGUGGAUAUAAUCAGUAUCAUUUCCACUAUGUUGAAGAAGUGA